AUGGCGCUGCACCCGCGCAGGGUUCGCCUCAAGCCGUGGCUGGUGGCCCAGGUGGACAGUGGGAUGUACCCUGGCCUGAUCUGGCUGAACAGAGAGGCCAAGAGGUUCCAGAUCCCCUGGAAACACGCGACUCGGCACAGCCCUCAGCACGAGGAGGAGAACACCAUCUUCAAGGCAUGGGCCGUGGAAACAGGAAAGUACCAGGAAGGAGUGGAUGAACCAGACCCUGCAAAGUGGAAAGCUCAGCUCCGGUGUGCGCUCAACAAGAGCCGAGAGUUUAAUUUGAUGUAUGAUGGCACCAAGGAGGUGCCCAUGAACCCCAUUAAAAUUUAUGAAGUCUGUGACAUCCCCCAGUCCCAGGGAUCAAUCAUUAAUCCAGGUUCCACUGGCUCAGCUCCAUGGGAUGAAAAGGAUAAUGAUCUUGAUGAUGAAGAGGAGGAAGAAUUGAAUCAAUCUCAGCAUGUCCCUAUUCAAGAGACAUUUCCAUUUCUUAAUAUCAACGAUUCUCCAAUGGCUCCAGCCAAUGCAGAAAACUGCAGCUCUGAAGCUGUGUGGCCAAAGAAUGAACCUCUGGAUAUGGAAAUGCCUCCAACUGCACUGCAGCAUGACUUCUUCAGCAGCCCUGAGCUCUGGAUCAGCUCUCUGCCAAUGACAGACCUAGAAAUCAAGUUUGAAUAUCGAGGGAAGGAGACUGGACCGACAACGACCGUAAGCAAUCCCCAGGGAUGCAGACUGUUCUAUGGAGAGCUGGGGCCAAUGCCAGACCAGGAAGAGCUCUUUGGGCCUAUUAGCUUGGAGCAAGUCAAGUUUCCAGGAACAGAACAGAUCAGCAAUGAAAGGCAGAAGAUCUUCACAAGUCGACUGCUGGAUGUAAUGGACAGGGGACUGAUCCUGGAGGUCAGUGGCCAUGCCAUCUACGCUGUCCGGCUCUGCCAGUGCAAGGUGUACUGGUCUGGGCCCUGUGCACCUUCCUCCACCACACCAAAUCUGAUCGAGAGGCAGAAGAAAGUCAAACUCUUCUGUCUGGAAACAUUCCUAAGCGAGCUGAUUGCUCAUCAGAAAGGACAAAUUGAGAAACAGCCACCAUAUGAGAUCUACUUCUGUUUUGGAGAAGAAUGGCCUGAUGGAAAACCCAGGGAGAGGAAGCUGAUUGUGGUGCAGGUCAUUCCAGUCGUGGCCAGGAUGAUCUACGAAAUGUUUUCUGGCGAUUUCACGCGCUCCUUCGACAGCGGCAGCGUGAGGCUGCAGAUCUCCACCCCUGACAUCAAGGACAACAUCGUGGCUCACCUGAAGCAGCUCUACAGGUUGCUGCAGAACCACCAGGAGGGGUGGCCCAUGCAAGCUCCUGCCAUGCACAUGGCACAGCCACUCCCAGCCCAGUGACAGAUGCUUUGGGCUUCCUG